ACACCACAAACUAUUUGCCGUCCAAUUAACGACAGCCCCCUCCUGGUCUCACUUGUAAUCAAGAAUGUGUACUGAGAUUUUCUUCUUAAAGAAUUGAUCAAAGGGGAUGACAACAGACAGAAACUUCCCACAUCUAAAUUCCCACACAGUUGACAAAAUUUGAACCACCUGGGCCAGAACUCUCCCACCAUGAACUCUCUUCCAUGAAGGGGUUGGACUGAUAGAGCCCCACUGAUCAUUUUUACACUAGUGUGUGCCAAAUGCCCUUUCUCUCAAGCCACCACGGACUGUGUCACUUUUUUCCUUCUUCUUUAGCCUUCUUUUUUAAGCUAUGCAUAACAGUGCCUUGCAGACUUUUAGGACAGGAAGUAAAAACAAACAAACAAACCACAUAGAACCAACCCCCCUGGAAACUUUUCCACUGACUAACAAGACUAAAGAACUACCUUAAAUAAAACUUGUGCACAGACUCUUAUCACAGGCCUUUGCAUAGUAGCUGAAGGCUGAAGUGAUGACAGCAGAUAAGGGUGUUAGCCUUUGAAGCUCAUUGGUUUUUGCUGUGGAAUUUUUUUUCUUCUUCUGAAAGCCAGUCUUUUAGAGACAAGCAACCACAUAUUUCCUGAACUUUUACACCCUUAGCAAAGCUUGGGGAAACAGAGAAGAAAAGGGAGCAGAGGGACAAGAGUGCCUUUCCACUUGGUACAUCUCCUAAGCUAUUCCUCUUGACCUCUUCAGUGGGACCAGCCUCCUAUCCCUGAUGACCUUUCUUCACCUUGAGGAAACAAGAGGGAAAACAAGAGAAAACUGAGGAGUUCAUUACCCUCCGCCUCCUUGACUCGGGACGGCAAGCAAGUAUAGUUCAGUGUCAACACAUGAUGAGCUGGAAGCAGUUGUGACUGUUUCAUCAGCACAGGAUUACAUUUUCAACCAUCGUAUUUGUAACUUGAGGAGAAAGGACACCAGUGACUGAAAUAUUCAAGAGGGAUCUGUGCACAGUCUGUUACGCUUCAUGCUGGUGGAACUCGGUGCCAUAGCGUAAGCCGGUCUUUCUGGUUUCCAUCCAGGUUGCUGAAGUCACCGAAGAAGUGGUUUUGUAUGUAUUUAUCCGUAAACGUCUUAACAAUCAAAUUCCUUCCUCUGGAUUCUGUUUCCAUUCUGGAGUAUAAUGUAAAGAAGGAGCUGCCUUGAAGCAUUAAUGAAAGCUGCAUUUAUCUAAGACAAAUGGAAUUUAGAAAGUAGCCUUGUGGUUCUUUGGUGGAAGAGAGAAGACUGCAAACAGAAGACACGUGGUGGCAGAACCCUGACUUAAAAAGUGCCUUAGGCUCUGGAAUGUACAACUGAAAGUGAGGACCACCUCCAUAUCCUGGAUUUCCUCCAGCCCACCUGCUUUUUGAGUAUGCGUUAAUGGCGCUCAGUCAUGGUGGUCACGCAGCUGAAAUUGGAGCUGUGCUUCCAUGGGAAAAAACUCAGAGGUUUCACCUGCAGGUACAUCAGAUCAGUCAGUGGAUUCCUUCCAGAAACAUCGUUCACCAUAGCAUCACAGAUUUUUGUGCCAUUCAUCCUUUCAGGUUUCGGCCUGUUAUUUGCUGGAUUGUUGAUCGAUACUGUUCAACACUGGCCUGUGUUCAAGACUAUCACAGAAAUAUUUAUCCUGAUUCCAGCCCUUGUCGGAUUGAAGGGCAACCUUGAAAUGACCUUGGCAUCUAGACUUUCUACUGCUGCUAAUACUGGAAGAAUGGAUGAUACUCAGGCACAGUGGAAAAUGGCUACUUGCAAUUUGGCUCUGAUUCAGUUGCAGGCCACGGUGGUGGGGCUCCUGGCUGCAGUGGCAGCAGUCCUUCUUGGUGCCUUGACCAAAGGCUACUUGGAGCUGAACCAAGCAGCCGUCCUGUGUGCCAGCAGUUUGACAACAGCAUUCAUAGCCGCCCUCUCACUUGGUCUGGUGAUGAUUGGUGUGAUCCUUGGUGCAAGAAAGGUGGGGAUAAACCCAGACAACAUUGCUACGCCCUUGGCAGCGAGCCUCGGAGACCUGAUAACGCUUUCCCUGCUGGCUGCCAUCAGCAGCACCCUCUACAAAUACAUAGGGGUGAGAUACCUGUCGCCCCUGAUCUGUGCCGUCUUCAUUGUUAUGAUUCCUCUUUGGAUCGCCAUUGCCAGGCAGAGUCCUCCCGUUGCUGAAGUCCUCAAGACUGGGUGGCAGCCAGUCAUUGUUGCCAUGGCCAUCAGCAGCAUCGGGGGACUUAUCUUGGACAAAACCAUAACCGAUCCAAACUUUGAAGGCAUAGCUAUUUUCACUCCUGUGAUCAAUGGUGUCGGCGGCAAUCUGGUAGCUAUCCAGGCCAGCCGGAUCUCCACAUUUCUGCACUUCUGGAGCAUGCCUGGAGUCCUGCCACACAAGAUGAGGCAGCACUGGCCAAAUCCAUGUACCACCUUCUUCAGUUCAGGAAUCAAUUCAAAGUCUGCUCGUGUCUUGAUCCUGCUAGUGAUCCCAGGGCACCUGCUGUUCAUCUACACCAUUCAUUUCUUGCAGGCAGGCCAUACGGCUCCCACCUUCACUUUUGUCUCCUUCUACCUGACGGCUGCUUUUCUACAGGUGGCAAUCCUGCUGUACCUGGCUGACAUUCUCGUGCGGCUGUUCUGGAGAAAGGGCAUGGAUCCUGACAACUAUUCCAUCCCCUACCUCACCGCUCUGGGAGACGUAUUGGGCACUGGCUUCCUGGCCCUUUGCUUUCACUUGGUUUGGAUCUGCAAUGGGCUGAAGUCCAUACCAAAGCACUAAAGAGGACUUCUGCUGCAGCACUGACCUGCCUACUGUUUCAGCAAGUAAAAAAAGUAUAUAUAUCGCAAUGGUGCUCUUGACACGGUCCAAACAGGGUAUGAAGAAGAGGAUGUCCAGCUCCUUAAACAGGAAUGGCUUGGAUAUCCCUCCCCUUCCAUCUCAAUACCAUGUAGAUGUGAGGUUUGAAAGAUACCUACCAAUGAAAUGGCAUCAACGUGGACACAGCUUCCAAAGUGUCAGUAAUGAAUGGGUUGUGAAACGCUGCUCCUGCCUACCUUCCUCUUGGUUAAGAAGUGUUAUUGAAAUGGCCGAGUCUGAAAAGCCCAUUGACGCUAAUGGGAGGCUAUCCACUGAUCUCAGUGGGGUUUAGAUUAUGUCCUAGAUGAGGAUGUUUCACUGUAUUUGCCAGGCAUCAGCUGGCAAUCAAAGAUGACAUGUUCACGUCUGUAUUUCUUCUGUAUGUUCCCACACAGAGCGGGGUGGGGGAGAGAGAAUUAUGUCCAGGGCUAGUCACACUCUGCACCAAAAAUAAAAAAUAUAUACUGUAUAUCCUACACAAAGGAAACCAAAAAUACUUUGCACCGCAAUAGCUCAGAUUCUGCCUCACAAUACCUCAUUGCAGCAUUGUAUAUAGCAAUUUAGGUACUUUACGUUUCUCAGUUUGCAUGCUGAUGCUUAAUUUGAGUGUUUUGCAGAAGUUUCAGAAUGUUGAAACUGUGGUAGCAGGAGUGGAGUAUAAGUUAAGAAGCAGGAGAAGGUGGCCGAGGAUGGGGGAAAUGUAGCUGGAAGGCGUAAAAUAGCCAAAACUGAAUACUAAAGCUUCGUAUUGGCUGUUUGAAUGGUUUCAAACAACUCUACCCACCCAUAAAAUCUUGAGAGGCUGAGCAAGCUUCUCAUCCCACUCUCCACGCCAGUUGUCCCGUCGAAAACUGCUUUCAGGGUUUGUGCAAGGAUACUCGUAGAUUAAAUGGCCAGCUCUGCUGAUGGACUUCGUAAAUACUUCUUCGGUAACUGAGGUAGUUCCCUACAGUGUGUUCUGAAGGCUCAUCUGGGGGUAGGAGUGAGCUUUAUGUAUUCUGUAUGGAAGUCACUGUCCUGGGGAGCAAUGUGUGGAUAGUACUCAGCACCUUUUAAGAGUUCUGUGCCCAUGGACUUCCUCAACUCACCUGUCCUUCCCAAGGCAGGAAAAUCAGCCAUGUUUAUUCCUGGCACAGUGCUCUUAAAAACCCAGUGAGUUAUUGCUUAAGGCUUGCAACAGAGGCUGAGCAUGUCUGGCCUUCCAGGUGUUGUUGGGCUCCCAACUCCCAUCAGCCCCAGCCAACACAUCUUUGUAGCCCAGAAGCACCUGGAGGACCACAGGUUACCCACGCCUGUUGGGAAGACCCAAGGGUGGAUUUUCACCAUGUCAUCAGCAUCAGUGCCAAGCGUGAUAGAAUUGUCAUUCUCUCUCCCUCGUUUUUUGUUUUGCAGUUUCAAAUCUCAUGAGUUUUUAUGGUUUGUAGAAACACCCACCCACAUGUAAAAUAAAAGUGUAAAAAUGG